AUGCAACAAGACUGCUUCGUCGCUGUUCAUGGAGGGGCGGGUAUACUUUCCCGAGACUCUGAAGGCCUUGUGAAGCAGGCACUGGCCAAUGCGUGCAAAACAGCAUUAGCGACACUACAAAUUCGUAAUGACGUGAAUGCAGCCCUAGCAGCAACGGAGGAGGCCAUUGUCGUGUUAGAAAAUGACCCUUGCCUCAAUGCUGGUUACGGUUCCAACCUGACAUUCGCUGGCACCGUGGAAUGCGACGCAGCAAUAAUGACCUCAGAGCCCGGCGACUAUGGUAGUAUUGGGGCUGUUUCAGGGAUAACCAAUCCUAUACGGCUGGCCCGAGCAGUGUUGGACCACGCGCGGAUUCCAGACCCUCUCGGACGCGUCCCUCCAAUGAUGCUGGUCUCCGAGGGCGCAACAUCCUUCGCGUCAAGUGUUCCGCAGCCACCGAUAGCGAUCGUGCCUGUGGACUCCCUUAUUACACUUCGAGCACGUCAACAAUGGGCUAAAUGGAAGGCGCGUCUGGACCAAGCGGAGGCCGGUCCUGUGGAUAGCACCUGCCCUACCACCGCCGAGGACCAAAUGCAAGACACCGUUGGUGCCAUUACUUGUGACCGAGCAGGUAGAAUGGCUGCUGGCGUUUCAAGCGGGGGACUAUUGCUGAAACAUCCGGGGCGCAUAGGCGAGGCGGCCAUGUAUGGUGCUGGGUGUUGGGCUUCCCAGACCAACCGACAACCCCACACGGAAGCUUCGGGGGACUCAUCUAACAAUUUCACCAUUUCCGGACGAAGCACUGGAGAAGACAUCGUGAGGGCGAUGCUGGCGAGAUCUAUUGCCCGUGCACUGGCCUACGAUCAGGCUGAGACAUUCUCAGGCGAAGUUGAUGUACACGAGGCUUUGUCGGAGGUCUUUGUCAACCUAUUCUUGAAACUGUCUAUGGCCCGAGGGGAGCUUAAUCCCAGCGCCGGUGUCAUCCUACUGGAUAGAGGAGACGCCGACAACCCACGUUCAGUCCGUCUCUGGUGUGCGUUUACGACACCAUCGAUGUCUAUUGCGUACGCAUCCUCAAGGCACCCAAGCCCUAAGGUGAAGAUUCUGAGAAGACCGACGAGGACCAAUACGGAGUCUCCGGUUUAUAUAACUGCCAUCACCCUAUCGUAG